AGCGCGCGUGCAGGCUUUUUGUUGUGGCUGCUCGUCUCGUUCACGAGCACUCACUGGCAUUUUCCCAAAAUCCAUAAUCUGACAACCGAGUGGGUCUGGCAUUAGGUGCCCUCCGUCAUCCUCGCGGCAUCGUCCUGACACUCGCCAACAGUCGCUGCUCCCAAUGUUUACUUCUUCGGCAUGUCUCCUCCAUCCAGAGAAAAGUUGUCUGCGGCUCCAUGAUGGCGAUGUUUAGGAGCUUUGUCUCGGCGAGCUCCCAGCUCCGCCAGCAGCAGCAGCAGCAGCAGCAGCCAAGCAGCGGCCCAGGCUCGCUGGCAGCCCCGGCGGAGAGCAUCGAGAGCCAGUUCUCUUGUCCCAUCUGCCUGGAGGUCUACCAUAAGCCCGUCAGCAUCGCCAGCUGCGCUCACACAUUCUGUGGGGAAUGUCUGCAGCCCUGUCUUCAGGUGACUUCACCCCUCUGCCCUCUCUGUCGUGUGCCCUUUGACCCCAAGAAAGUGGAGCGUUCGUCCAGCGUGGAAAAGCAGUUGGCUUCAUAUAAAGCACCCUGCAGGGGCUGUAACAAGAAGGUGGCUCUGGUAAAGAUGAAGUCCCACAUUACUUCCUGUUCUAAGGUACAAGAGCAGAUGGCCAACUGUCCUAAGUUUGUUCCUGUGGUACCGACCUCCCAACCUAUACCAAGCAAUAUUCCAAACCGGUCAACAUUUGUAUGUCCGUUCUGUGGGGCCAGAAAUCUGGACCAGCAGGAACUGGUGAAGCACUGUAUGGACAACCAUCGUAAUGACCCUAAUAAAGUGGUGUGUCCAGUGUGUUCAGCCAUGCCGUGGGGAGACCCCAGUUAUAAGAGCUCCAACUUUCUUCAGCAUCUCCUCCACAGACACAAGUUCUCAUAUGACACCUUUGUUGACUACAGCAUCGAUGAAGAGGCAGCACUGCAAGCAGCUUUGGCACUGUCACUGACUGAAAACUAACACAAGUCACCCCACUGUCCACCUCAGCACCGCUGCUGUUCCUCCACUGCUGCUGCGAAGGUAUCGUCGUCCAACAGCCACCCCUGUGGUAGCCUCAGUCAUACAGUCUGUACAAAAGCUUCAUUCCAGAGGAGUCCAACCAGCUUUGUAUUUGGUGAUAUCUUCAUUUCUUUCUCCUGGCAGUGCAGACAUGUGCUUUUUAAGUUUUUUUGAGCACUCUAAGCAAAAGUCCAACACAUGUUGAGUUUAUUAAGUCCAACCUGUAUCUCCUCGGUAACAGUCCGCCUGUCCUCAGCUUCAGUUCCCCUGACAGCCGCCAUCUGGACCACCACAGCAUGAAGGGCUACCUUCCUGGAAAAAAAAGUCUAUGAAUUCGACACAUCCUGCUGAAAUCCUCAUCACAGUUCAGGCGUCUGACCAUCAGUAACUUGCUAUGAAGUUGUGGCUGCUGGUACUCACUGUGAGUGAGCUUGGCUGAUGCUCGGGGGUGCAGGCUCCAGUUUCUCCUACAGCAACCAAGCUGCAAUUUCACUUUUAUUAAUAAUUAACAUACAAUAGUUAACCCAAAUGAUUUAAUUAGGAACCAUUUAUUUAAGGAUAAUGGGAAAGCGAAACAUAAACACAAAGAAUCAGUAGCCCCUCGUUCAGCUGCAUAAAUGAAUGGUAGCCAGACCUAUGAGACAAAACACAUCAUCUUCAUUAUAAAGGCCAGCUUGAUACACAACACAGGGAUUUUUUGUUGUUUAGAAAUAAAAAGCUCACUCAUUGGUUUAGCUAGUUUUAUAGCAUGGUAACAGCUGCAGUACUUUAAAUGGCAUCUUCUCUUGGUGGUCGUCAGUAGCGUAGAUGUAAGAAAGCCCAAUGAACAGACCCAACAGAAUUCCGGGUAACAAAAAUUUCCAAUCUGUGGCCACAUAAUUCCACUUCAGUAACCUGGUGGAAACCCACAGAGUGGUAACUUUCAGAUUUGCUGUUUCACACAGUCCUGAUGUGGCUGUGUUGUAAAGAAUUUGCAUGUGCGGGUUUGACAGCUACUGAGUUUCCAAACAGUUGGGACUCUUUUCAAACUGUAAAUAGAAAGAAUGCAAUGAUCUGGAAAUCAUUUAAAGUCUGUAUUUAACUGAAAAUGGCACAAAGAAGAAGACAAAUUAAAAUUUUGUAACUGUUUUUUUUUUAAAUAGUUAUUUGAAAAAUAUAUGGCCACUUUGAAUCAUUUUUGGACGACUGUGGACUGUGUUUUCUCACCUCUUCUUUUAACACUCUGUAAACAAAGCACAACGUUUCCCAUUCUUGCUUGAUCAGAUUGCAGCUGUGCAGAAGUUCUGGGCCUCUUUUGUCAUAUUUAAUUUCAUAAUUGACCAAAUGCUUUUACAGGUCUGGACUGCAGGCAGAGCAGAGGGGUGUACUACGAAGUGAGUUUAGCGAGCUACUGGUUAGCAAGCUUAAAUUCAGUGUUUUGAACGUGGCUCUAGUGUAACCUCAUUAGGUCACUAUAGCAGCUGGAACGCACAACAGUGUGUCUUUUGUCCUGUCCCCUGUCCCCCCUCAGCAGAUGACCCCCCCUCCCUGAGCCUGGU